GCACUCAGCCUUGAUCUUAAGGUAGAUCAUACAAAGUCAGGGUCACUCUCAUAAUGAUGAUUUCCGGGAUCUUGUAGUUAAGCUGUGUUUUAAGUUAUUUACUGUGGACAAACUGGAUUUGUUUGUCAUAUUUUGGAAUAAAUAUUUAAUGACUGUUUCGAAACUGUUAUUUCUGAUCCACAAUGACCAGCAACCAUAAGUCUUCUGGUGAUAACUAUAUGGAUUCAAUGUGUAUAGGAAUCUCAAAAAUCUUGCAUCAGAGUAAUUCUGAUGACAAUCCUUCAUCUGUUAAUGAAUCACGCCCUUCAGUCUCUAAUGAUAUCGAUAGUGACCAGUAUUUUCAAAUUCACGAGGCCUCCCGCAGUACUGGAAUGUUAGAUAUCAACCCGAAAUGUAUGGUGAAGGAUUCUAAACAUGGAAUUCGUCUUUGUAGUCGAAGACGCGGUUCAGAUAUCAGUAAAAAGACUGUCUUUGUCCAACCGCAUGAUGGAAAGUUGUUCAAAGUUGUUUCAAGACACAGUAUGAAGAAAGCAAAACCUCCCGAUAUUAGCAAAGAAGUUGCUCAGUGUCGAGUGUCCCAUAACGAAUACCUUGACUUUUCUAAUAUGAAUCUCCAACAGAUUCCAAACGCGAUUUUCAAAGAUUUACCCUUUAUAAAAGAUUUGUUUCUGUAUGGUAACAAAUUAACCACAUUACCAAGCAGUAUCAGUCAUUUGACAAAUCUAAAACGACUGUUGCUGCAACAAAACUGGUUAACAGCAUCUGGUAUACCAAAUGAAAUAACGAAACUGACUAAUCUGGAACAAUUAGAUCUACGUUACAAUCGUCUGGAUGGUCCUCUUCCUACUUGUAUAUGUGGUUUGUAUAACUUGGAACAUUUACUUCUCACAUACAAUAAAUUAACCCAUAUUGUAGACGAAAUAAAAUAUUUAAAACGCUUAUCUGUAUUGGUUGUAAGCCGUAAUUCGAUUCGACAAGAUUUACCUAGUUCCAUCGGUGAACUAACGAAAUUGGUAAAAUUGGAUUUAUCCUUUAAUCAUAUCACCUUCUUACCUGACAGUAUCGGAAAGUGUACAUCUUUACGCGAUCUAAAUCUUCAACAUAAUCAACUGACAAAACUACCUGAGAGCAUAGGAAAUCUAGUGAACUUAUGUAGAUUGUCUAUCAAGUAUAACCAAUUAGUAGAAAUUCCGGCAAGUUUAGCUAACUGUGUGAAACUUGACGAAUUCAAUGUGGAAAACAAUCAAUUGUCUUCACUUCCCAAUAAUUUGCUACCAUGUUUACAUAAUCUACUAAAUAUCACCCUGUCAAGAAAUUAUUUUACAAACUUUCCCUCUGGUGAUCCACAACAAUUCCAGAUGUGUUAUACUAUCAAUAUGGAUCAUAAUGAAAUUACAAACAUUCCAAAAUCUGUAUUUAGUUUGGCUUCAAAUUUGAUUAAAUUAAAUUUACGUGAUAAUGCAUUAGACAGUUUAAUUGGUCCAGACUUGCACGAAUUAAAAACCUUAGUUGAACUGGAUUUGGGCUCUAACCGUUUAUCAGAAUUACCUACGGAAAUCAAUAAACUUGUUGCUCUUGAAGUACUACGAUUAAACUAUAAUCAGUUAACUUCAUUACCUGAUGAAAUUACACAAUUAUCAAAACUACGUAUUCUGGAUUUGGAAUCAAACUUAUUAGAAUCAUUACCAAAUGAUUUAUCAGGUUUAACAUCAUUACAAGAAUUAAAUGUUCUAUGUAAUAGAUUAAAAACAUUUCCUGCAAGUAUUGGUAGUGAAGGUAAUGAUAGUAGCAUUCAUUUCUUUUUAACGAAAAUUUAUACUUAAUUGCCUAUGCUCAAAAUAAUAGAUCAUACACACUGAAAUGAAUUUCUUAAUUAAUGACCUCUAUGUACCAACUGUACAAAAUUAUUCAGCAUUACUUAAACACAUCAGUUAUCGGUUAUAGAUACAUAUGUAUAUGAUAUUCUCUUCAAAUUAUGUACGGUUCUGUGUUCAUAAAUGUUGAUUUCCAAUAUUCAAUAUAAAAUACACAGAUACGGGAAUAUGUAAUACAAAAGGUGGAAAUUGAUAAAUUUGUUAUUGGAAUGACUGAUAAGUCAUAUAUGUGAAAACUAAUAAUAAUCUCUUCAGUAUAUAGGGUGUUCAUUAUGUCCUGCCUAAAACCGGGCUUUCUAAAAUGGUAAGCUGUAAUCAGUUUAUUUCUUUUAUUAAUAAUUCAGCCUGAAAGUAGAUUAAGACGAAUCCUAAACCUAAUCAUAUAAAACAGUAAAAAGGAAGUAGCUAUAAUAUGAAAUCAAAAUCACUUAUUUACUUAAGAGUGAAUCGAUCUUAUAUGACGAACAAAAUAGUUGGGUAUAGUUUUUUCAAAUACAUAAAUCGAUUUUUCUUUGAGUUCAUUUUUACAACGCCCAUUUUGCAUAAAUUAUAAAACUUAUGAUCCUCAAUAAAAAAUUUCACCCUUGUAAUACAAUGUUUAACCUGAUUUCAUCGAAUUAAUCGAUAAUUUUUACUAGCCAACAUGAUAAACAUUUAUGAGCAUACGAAAAUAAAAUCAACUGAUGACAAACAGUGUUCCAUAAGAGUAGUUAGAAUGAUGCACAAAUAAUAUCUAUCCUAAUCUCACUGUCGGUAAUUUUUCUUCAAAUCGUUUUAUCAUUACUUAUCUGGUGAAGAAACAGUCAGACAAUUUGCAUACAUGAAGUCUGCUUUCAAAUGGUAAAACGUGUAUGUAUAUCUCAGCGAUCAUAUUUACCUUAUGCUAUCGAUCAUUGCGAACCUUCAGCAUUAUAGAAUAUGCACGCACUGAAUCAUGGAUGACUGUCAUUUUUUUUUAAUAAAAAAGACAUUCUGGUGUAGAAUUUCACUUCUUUUCUAAUAGGUCCAAAUCUAUCCUAUUCCUAAAGGUAAUCAUAAUUUAUUAACUUACCAUGUAUUUAAUAGUAGUCAAAUUUUGAAAGCAAUGAUAACUUUGCAAAUUGUUGUACCCAGUCUCGAGAAAAAUUUCAUUUUCUUAGACUGGGACAAUUUAAAAGUUCGGACUAUUUUAUUAGUUUUCAAAAAUGAUUAUUACUGAAACCCAGAGUUCACUUGAGUUUUCUACAAUAACAUUAUAGUCAGUAAUAUAAUAUUAUUACAGUGUUACUGUAUAGUAUUAUUAUAAUAAUCUGUUGAGUAAUUCAACGCUUUAGAGAUAGAUGCUACUCACUCUUCUAAUAUUAAUCAUUGUACAAUAGAUUUCAGUCAAUCUGGGUAUAAAUAUUUCAUAUGUAAGGUAUAGAGCACAUUCUUUACGCUUUAUUAUCCGUUAUACUUUCUAGCUUGCAUUGAAUAGCGUGCAAUUAGAUGCUACUACCACUCACGAGCACCAACUACUGUGACGCCUAAGUUUUUAAUAUCCUGUCGACUACUGUCAACUAUCUAACACUAAUUUACGCUUAACAUAAUAAUAACAUCAGAAGGGUUUUUUGUGAAUUAAAAAAUAACAACAAUUGAUAAUUAUUAAACAAACCACCAAACGUAAUCCGGGUUUUAAAAACCUGGAUAAUGUAUUUUAAAAAAUACCAAUAAUCUGUUAAACAAACCAACAACUGAUUUGAACUAUCAAUAAAGCAAUGUGUUUACAAUAAAAUAUGAAAUAUACUUUUAAGGAAUGGACUUGUUGGCGAAAUCAAUUUUAGAAUACUUUGAAAAGUUAAAGAACACUCGGAAACUCCAAGAAUUAAGACUCAAACAAAUUUGAAUAUGUACAUUUACAUUUUUGGAACAUUAAAUGACUCGGAUGAUUGGAUGCAUAUUUUUCUUAAAGAAUAUCUCCUAUUAGAUUUAAAAUUGCCAUUACAACAUAUAUCUCUAAUAACCAUUUAUCUUCCCACUAUUUAUCUAUCGUUUAUUUUCUUGUUUCGCUUUACAUCCCCGUAGACAACUUACCAAAUUGAAAGUGA